GAAGACAACUUCACGUCAAAUAGUCACAAGACCUCUCAGCUGAGUUAUGUCUUCCAAUUUUCUGUUUUCGGAAGAGAAUUUCUCUCAUUAAACUUCCUAUUGUGAGUGGUUUGUUUUUCUUUCAAGUUAGUAGCCAUAAUGGCUAACAUAAACGUGGAGAAUGUUAGCAAACUAAUCCCCACAUUGGGUGAUGACAAAAUCGAUAUGAUUGCCGCUACAAGUGUGUUGCAAAUAAGGGCGAGUGAAAUCCGUCAAAGUCAAAUAAACUGGCAGUCUUAUUUGCAGUCGCAGAUGAUCACCCAACGUGAUCACGACUUCAUUGUAAACUUGGAUCAACGUGGACAAAAAGACUUGCCAGACAAAAAUCCAGAUGUCUGUGCUGAUGUAUUCUUGAACCUGCUUACUCAUAUCAGCAAAGAUAACACCAUCCAGUAUGUUCUUGUCUUAAUUGAUGAUAUUCUUUCGGAAGAUAAAACUAGGGUGAAAAUUUUCCGUAAUGCCAAACAUGGCAAUGUUUGGCAGCCAUUCCUUAACUUGCUUAACCGUCAAGAUGAGUUUGUUCAACACAUGACAGCUCGCAUCAUUGCCAAGCUUGCUUGCUGGCACCCACAGCUCAUGGAGAAGAGCGACCUGCAUUUCUACCUUUCCUGGCUCAAGGACCAACUUAAAUCCAAUGCGGAGAGAGUGUCUGCCGAACUAGAGCAUGCUGAGCAGGUUAUGUUGGAGCACGAGAAACAAAAUUUCUCCGAUAAACACACAAAGCAUCACAAAGACAAGGGAGGGGACAAAGUUGACAACGGCCAAGAGAAAUAUUCCACCCUUCACGACUCUUUCGAUGUUGUUAAAGCCCAUGAGGACUUACCGCCCGGUGUCUACAAGAACAAUGACUAUAUCCAGUCGGUGGCUCGCUGCCUACAAAUGAUGCUGCGUGUAGACGAGUACCGCUUCGCAUUUCUGUCCGUCGACGGCAUUUCCACCCUGCUGUCCAUCCUGGCUUCGAGGGUCAAUUUCCAGGUCCAGUACCAGUUGGUAUUCUGCCUAUGGGUGCUGACGUUCAACCCGUUGCUGGCAGAGAAGAUGAAUAAAUUCAACGCUAUCCCGAUCCUGGCGGACAUCCUCAGCGACUCAGUCAAGGAGAAGGUCACUCGUAUCGUACUGGCUGUGUUCCGCAACCUCAUUGAGAAGCCCGAAGACCAACAGGUAGCAAAAGAGCACUGCAUCGCCAUGGUGCAAUGCAAAGUGCUGAAGCAGCUAUCGAUCCUCGAACAGAAGCGUUCAGACGAUGAAGACAUAAUGAAUGAUGUCGACUUCCUGAACGAGCGCCUGCAAGCCUCCGUGCAGGACCUCAGCUCGUUCGACCAGUAUGCUACUGAAGUUAAAAGUGGCCGUUUGGAGUGGUCCCCUGUACACAAGUCUGCCAAGUUCUGGCGCGAGAACGCAGCGCGCCUCAACGAGCGUGGCCAAGAGUUAUUGCGGACGCUCGUACACCUGCUAGAGAAGAGCCGUGAUCCUGUCGUACUGGCCGUGGCGUGCUAUGACGUGGGCGAGUACGUGCGGCACUACCCCCGCGGCAAACACAUAAUAGAGCAGCUGGGCGGUAAACAGCGAGUCAUGUACCUGCUCAGUCACGAAGACCCCAACGUGCGCUACGAGGCCCUACUCGCUGUUCAGAAGCUCAUGGUCCACAAUUGGGAAUACCUUGGCAAGCAAUUGGAGAAAGAAAUUGACAAACAAGGUGGCACCGCCGUUGGCGCUAAAGCUUAAGAAUGGUUUAUAUAAAUAGAAUUGUUAUUGUUGUUGUCAAAAUUUUUAAAAUUGCAAUCAAGUAGAGAUAUCCAUAUGCCAUACGACCUUUAAGUAUUACAUUAUUGUAAAUAGAAUACAUAAAAAUAAUAUUCAUGCUGGCAGAUACUAGAAACUGCAUUCAGUAUUUAUUUUAUUUAAUGUAAAUGCAAUGGCCCAAAUAAAUAUUUUUUAAUAUGAUGGAAUCUGUUUCCGAGUUGCCAGCGUUUAUAUAUUUGCAAUCACAUUCCUAUAAAAUUUAUUAUUGUUGCGUAAAUUAAAUAUAAUCAUAAUAUUAUAUAUUCUAUGUUAUAUUUUGAAAUGUAGAAAUUAUUAAUAGCUUUGAAAUGUGUAAAUGUACUACUGGCGCACAUCAGUGAAUAAACAUCAAGUAAUUAAUUA